AUGACGUCAGUGCAGGAUGUAGCGCUGCCUUCGUGUGGGAUUCGAGGGAUGGCAGUUUCUACCUACAUGCGGGUGGAAUACGUGGACCGCCGUGGGUACGGCUGCCCAGUGUUGGAUGGGUACGCAGUGGUGGCGGGACUGGCUAACAUUCCGUCGAGUGUUGUGGGGAUUUGGGGUGUGUCGAGUGUUGUGGGGAUUUGGGGUGUGUGGAGGGUCGCACCAGCCCUCUUCACAUGUGCGAACGUUUCCGUCUUGGAGAUAAGCAGCAAGGCAGUGUUGUGCGUCUCUUGUAUCUGCGACGCCGAAGUUAGGGGUGAGUCUCCAGUGUGGUGCGACGUUUGGUGGAUGGCACAGACAAACCUGCGGGUUGCAUGUUGUCCCGUGCCGACGGUGGCCGGGAGCCACGCUCGCUAUUACAUUAGCUCCGGCUACGCGAUUGACGGCUUAUCGGCACUCAGCCAAGCGUGGCCUCCGCAGCAGCAGCGGCACAACUUUAUGUUUGAUGGGUUAUUGGGUUGA